AUGGGUAACGAUGGUGGAAGCAUUCCGACCCGGCGUGAGCUCGUCAAGGAAGCAGCUCGCAAUCCGAGUGCCACCGCUUUAAAAGAGUCGCAACAGGAACAGCAAACUUACCAAUGGACGACGGAUCCAAUAUCACGCCAGCCUCUUGAACGACCCGUGGUUUCUGAUGCCACUGGUCGCCUCUAUAACAAAUCAACAGUCCUCGAAUAUCUAGUUGAGGGCACGCGCGCAGCGGAUUUUGUUAACACUACCCGCGGUUCGAUCAAAAGUCUUAAGGACGUCGUAGAAGUCAUUUUCGAGGUCGACGACGCGGCUGGGAAAGACAAGCGAAAUGAGAGGUGGAAGUGCCCGGUCACAGGCGACCAAAUGGGCCCUGGAGCCAAGGCCGUCUACCUGGUUCCAUGCGGACAUGCUUUCGCCGGCAGCGCUGUCAAGGAAGCGUCGUCGUCAGAAGCUGGAGGUCAAAAGUGUCUCACAUGCGACGCAGAGUAUGCGCCCAAUGAUGUUGUUCCCAUUCUGUCAACUGCGCCCACGGAUAUCGCACGAUUAGCACUUCGCGUCAAGACUUUACAAGAGAAGGGUUUGACGCACUCGUUGAAGAAAGCAAGUGCGAGCAAGAAGAGGAAGAAGCAGAAGGAGGAAGAAGAAGAAGAAAAUGUCGCUGCGAAGAACAAAGCGGUGUCGAAAGGCAUCAACAACGCAUCCACCGCAAGCUUGACAAGCAAGGUACUUCAAGAGCAGGAACAGGCGAAACGACGACGGAUGCACAAUGAGAACGUCAAGAGUUUGUUUUCGUCAAGAGAUCAGACCAAGCCCAUCGGGAAGAGUGCCGACUUCAUGACACGCGGCUUCAGUAUGCCUACGGAAAAUAAGCGUUGA